AUGCCACCUUCAUCAAACCCUUGUUGUGAGGAAGAAGAUGUUGGAGAUUUCAAGUGGGGGAAUAGGAAAGAAAUUGAUGUUGGAAACAAAGAUACAGUGUUCUAUGAAUCCUUUGUUUAUGACGGUGUUGAGUAUUUUCUGUAUGAUUGUUGUUAUUUUUACCAUACUGAUCAUGUUGACACUUCUAUUGGUAAGCUUGUGAAGAUGUUUGAGACAGGUGGGAGAAAGAUGACUGAAGUUGUUUGGUUUUUCCGGCCUUUGGAAAUUCGGAAUUUCUUUGGGAGUCAUCAGCCUCUUUGGAAUGAGUUGUUUUUGGCGUCUGGGAAUGGAAAAGGUGUUUCCAAUUGCAAUUUGUUGGGAUCAAUUAUUGGAAAAUGCAGUGUUGUUUGCACUUCAGAGGAUAAAAGAAAUCCCAAAUCAUCUGUAACAGAGCGAAAGAAAGCAGAUUUCUUUUUCAAAUGUACUUUCAAUGUUGAUAGGUGUGCUAUCGAAGAUAAAUUUCCUGAUACGAUUAAUGGAAUUGAAGUGGAGCAAUUCUUUAAUAGGAAAGGGGAUAAAAAGACCAUUGAUAAUCUGCAUCUUGAGGCAAAUAAAAUUCCUAGAGUGAUAAAAAAGAUAAAGAUAAAGAAGAGAAUUCCUUUGAAUGUUAAAGAUAAAGAUGAAGUUGUAAAUGGGGCAAGAACUAAGACCGCUCCUUCUGAUAUCUUGCCUCUGAAAGUUGAAGAUAAAGAUGAAUUGGGAGCUUCUAAGAAUGUCUUGCCAAAGAUACUGAUGAGGGCAUCUGAGAACUUUAAAGAUGAAAAUGAAGUCAAUAUUAAGACUGCUUCUUCUGAUAUGUUGCAUCGGAAAGUUGAAAAUAAAGAUGAAUUGAGAACUUGUAAGAAUGUCUAUCCAAAGAUAAUGAUUAGGAUUUCUGAGAAUUUUAGAGAUAAAAAUGAAGCCAAUAUUAAGACUGCUCCUGAUAUGUUGUGUUUGAAAAUUGAAGAUAAAGAUGAAUUGAGAACUUCUGAGAGUUUUAGAGAUAAAAUUGAAGCCAAUUUUAAGACUGCUCCUUCUGAUAUGCUGUGUUUGAAAGUUGAAGAUAAAGAUGAAUUGAGAACCUCUGAGAAUGUCUCGUCCAAGGUGAAGAUAACUUCAGAUGAAUUGAGAACCUCUGAGAAUGUCUCGUCCAAGAUAAAGAUAACUUCAGAUGAAUUGAGAACCUCUGAGAAUGUCUCGUCCAAGAUAAAGAUAACUUCAGAUGAAUUGAGAACCUCUGAGAAUGUCUCGUCCAAGAUAAAGAUAACUUCUGAAGACUUUAGAGAUAAAGAUGGAGCUAAGAUUAAGAUUGGUCCUUCUGAUAGCUUGCAUUGGAAAUCUAAAGAUAAAGAUCAAUUGAAAAUUUCUGUAAAUGUCUCGCCAAAGAUAAAGAUGGGACCUUCUAAAUUUUUUAAAGAUAAAGAUGGGGUUAGGAUUAAGAUUGCUCCUUCUGAUAUGUUGCAUUUGAAAGUUAAAGAUAAAGAUGAAAUGAUAAUUUCGGAGAAUGUAUUGCCAAAAAGAUUCUUAGAUUCUUAUCCAUCUAAAAAGAGGAAAUUCACAGAAGAGAAGUCAGUCAUUGAUCAAAUUAACAACUCCCAAAAGAAAGAGGUAUUUGAUGGGAAGGAAGAAUUUAGACAGGAUGGAAGUGUCAACCAAAACAGGAAAGUUACGGAGGUGACUGAAAGGCCAAAUGCAGAGAAAAGAAAGUGGUUUAAGAAAAUGCCUUGGGAAGGAAGACUACAGAAAGCUCAAGAGUUGGAUACCCUUGUUUUACUGAGUAAUCUGGAUCCAUCCUACACGUCCUAUGAAAUUGAGGAUCUUGUUUGGCAUGCACUCAAAGAAAAGGUUGAGGCAAGGAUGAUAGAGUCGAGCCCGGCUUCCAAUACAUACUAUGGUAGAGCAUUGGUUAUUUUCAGAACAAAAGAUGCAGCUGCAAAUGCAAUAUCCGAGUUGACCAGGAAAUGCCUUGUUCUUGAAGAUGGGAGGGUUGUGACUGCCAGGAAGGGAAGUGUUAGAGAUCCAGUCAAGCAAAGCACAUUCACUGGCCAUCUGACUAUUAGUAGAGCCACGCAACACAAGCAAAGCCGAGAGAUGAGAAAUGCUGUAUCAACAUCACAUUGUUCACAACACAAUACAAUUGAAUACGCAAUGGCUAUUGAAUGGGCACAUCAGUAUGAUAAGUCCGAGGCAUGUUGGAAGGCCUUAUGUGAGAAACAAAUGAAGGAGAUAGAAGCUGUGAAAACUAAACUUAGAACAGACCGGAUAUUUUUUGAAGGCUCAUAG